CCCCCCCCCCCCCCCCCCCCCCCCCUCCAUCUGUUCGGUGUGCAGGCUGAGCUUCGAGGGGCUGAGCUUCAGUGGAGGACCACAUGACGGGUCACAACAAGGAAAAGCGACGACUGCGGCAAGUGCUUUACCCAGUUGUCGGUGCUGCGGGUGCACCAGCGGAUGCACACAGGAGAACGCCCCUUUGACUGCUCCACCUGCGACGAGACCUUUACCCAGUUGUCGGGGUUGCGGGUGCACCAGCACGUGCACACGGGUGAGAAGCCCUAUGUGUGCUCCACCUACAGCAAGAGCUUUAGGUGGUUGUCGGGGCUGCAGGUGCACCAGCGGCUGCACACAGGAGAACGCCCCUUUGAAGUCUCCGACUGCGGCAAGAGCUUCAAGAUGGCGCAGGAACUGAAGAUACACCGGCGAGUGCAUACGGGCGAGAAGCCCUAUGGCUGCUCCACCUGCGGGAAGAGCUUUGCCCAUUUGUCUGGUCUGCAGGAGCACCAGUGGGUACACAUGGGCGAGAAGCCCCAUGGCUGCUCCACCUGUGGCAAGAGCUUUCUCCGGUUGUCGGGGCUGCGGGAGCACCGGCGGGUGCACAGCAACGAGUGGCCCUUCUCCUGCUCCGAUUGUGGCAAAGGCUUCAAGUCGUGCACAGGCACUGAAGGUGUACAGGCGCCUGCACACCGGGGAGCGACCCUACACCUGCAGUGACUGCGGCAAGGGCUUCACCCAUUC